AUGGGGGCCCCUGACCCUUGCACAGGCACCGCCGCAGUUCCCGGCCUCUCCUGCUGGAAGCGAUGCUGCUCUCAACGGUUCCUCUGCUCCUGGCCACCCCUCGGCCCUGCCGGCAACACCUCCUACCUCCUCAAGUUCUGCUACGCAACACCCCAGCUGUGCCACCAGUUCAAGGUGGGCCCCAGGACCACUUACACCUUCAAGCAUCACCACGUCUACCUCCUCACCAACACCACAGCCUGGGUGGAAGGACACUGGGGGGACCACAGCAGCAGGACCCCCAACCUCACCCUCUACCUGGAUGAGGCCGUCAGGCUGGAUCCACCCCACACCGAGAUGCCCUUCAACAAGACCAGUGGCGGGUUGUGGCUACAGGUCCCACAGCCACUGUGCCACUGUGGGGUGCAGCUGCCCCAGCGGGAGGCUCGGUUCCGGAGGAGGGGUGACAGGGACUGGACACAGGUGUUGUGUGAGGCAGCAGAUGAAGAUGACUCAGUGACCUGUCCCCUGGAGGGGGCUGGCACCUUUGAAGUCCAGCUCCGGCACAAGCUCCCCCACUGGAGCAGCUACUGGAGUGACUGGAGCAGCUCCAUCUUCGUUUCUGAGGAAAUCCUCUCGAGGCCGGAGCUGAGCUACCAGUUGGGAAAACUGAGAAGAGAUGGGCAGCGGGUGCUGAGGCUGGGCUGGCAGAGAGUCCCCGAGGACCAAGGGAAUGUCACUUACACGCUGCAGAGCCGCAUGCUGGCGUGUGGCUGUGCUGAGGAGGACACUGUAGAGCUGGGGACAGAGGUGACAGAGCACAACCUCACCCUCUCUGGCGCCGAGUACCAAAUCCUGCUGGCAGCAGCCAACGCCGCCGGGCCGGGGCCGGAGCAGCAGCUCCUGGUGCCAGCAGAUCAACGGGCAGAUCUUGGCUUCAAGGCCAUCCAGGUGGCCGGCAGCACCGUGACGGCGCAGUGGGAAGCACCAAGCCCUGGCUCUGGGUACUGCUUCGAGCAGCAGCCUCUGCCUGGAGCCCCAAAGGAGGGUGUUUGCAGCCAACGGGACUUCACUGCCAAGAGCGUCCACAUGGAGAGAGGAACACUGGACACGCCGGCGUGUUACCGCCUCGCCGUGCACGGCUGGAACCCGACCCGGGGCUGGGCCACCCUGGCUGUCACACACCACUAUGUUGGCAACGCCUCGCUGGCCGUGCCCGUCCACAUCAACGGCAGCGCUGGAGAUGCCACCGUGGGCCUCUGGUGGAGCCCAUCCCCACGUGCCACCUGUCCUGGGGCAAUGGUCAAGUACCUCAUCUGCCACGCAGCCAAGGGGGACAAUGUGACAUAUGAUGAGGUGGACUCUGGGGUGUCACACUACACCCUCCGAAACCUACGGCCUGACACAGCCUACAGGGUGGGCGUCUGGGAGGUGACAGCAGAGAGCAGGGGGACCUGCCAUCCCUGGUGGCACUUCCAGACCAAGGCACUGGGUGGGGCACUGGGGACAGAAAUGCCAUCACCCAGCCAUACCCAUCGUCAGGGAGCUGCGUGGGAACCCCACCUAAAGUAUGUGGGUGUCCCACUUGCCCUCUCCACUGUGGUUGCCGUUUACCAGCUGAGCAAAAAGAGGGCUCACCGCCUCCUCUUCCCACCCGUGCCCAAGCCCAUGGGCAGCAAAGCCAUCCAGUUCUCCACCGGUGACACCAGCCAGGGGCAGCCCUGGCUGGGCCUCCUGGAGCCUUCGGAGAGGUUCAGCACAGCUGAGCUGCUGGUGCAGCUGAAUCCCAGCAAGGAGACUCCAGUGGAUCCCAGCACCAAGCCCAGCACCAGGCCCAGCACCCCACAGCCCAGCCUGGUGGCUGAGGAACCAGCAGUGGCAUGUCCAGUGGUGGCAUGUCCAGCAGAGCUGCCAUUCACCUACCGCAGGCAAGAGCUGCUGAGCCCAGUGGAAUUUCCACCACCUGGCAGCUCCAGUGGCUCCAGCCACCCAACUGGCAUCACCAGGCUUGUGGCAAAGAUUAUCAACAGUGGCUGA